AUGGACACCGCGCUGCACAUGCCGCCGACCGAGCCGCCCGCCGGCGUCGUCUUCCUCUCCGGCGCUCCGAUCGUGGUGGAGCAGUGGUCCGCGCGGCUGCAGGCCCUCAAGCAGGCGGGCGAGGCGCUUCCCGUCCUCGUCACGCACGGCAUGGCGGACGGCACGCUCCCCUUCGCGUGCUCCGGCUGGGUGCGCGAUCUGCUGACCGCGAACGGAGCCGACGUCAAGUACGUGACCCACCCGGGCGGCCACGACCUCGGCGGCGCGUCGGUCGUGCGCAGCCUCGUCAGCUUCGUCGCCGCGCGCCUGGCCGACCGAGCCUGA